AUGGUGGAGAAAGGAGUGGCUCCAAACGUUGUGACUUGCGGUACUUUUAUUGAGAUAUAUUGUAAGGAAGGAAACUUUGCAGAAGCUGAGAGGUUCUUAGGGAAUAUGGAUAAAAAGGGUGUGGUGCCUAAUAUUGUUGCAUAUAAUACUCUAAUAGAUGCAUAUAGCAAGAAAGAAAAAGUAAAGCAAGCUCAUGUGUUAAAAUCUAAAAUGAUAGAGAAGGGGAUAAUGCCAGAUGUAUUUACGUACACAUCACUGAUACAUGGGGAAUGUAUAGUUGGCAAGGUAGAUAAGGCUCUGAAGCUUUUCAAUGAAAUGUUGGUAAAGGGCAUAAGAAGCGUGAAGACAUAUACAGCAAUUAUUUGUGGUUUAUCCAAGGAGGGGAGAGCAGAUGAAGCUUUUAAGUUGUAUGACGAGAUGUUGAGAAUGGGUCUAACACCUGAUGAUAGAGUUUUUGCUGCACUUGUUGGCAGCCUUCAUAAACCCGGUUCUCAUGUUGCUGUCAAACAAAAUGAGUAUGGUGAACCAAAAAUAGACACGCCUGACGCCUCCAGCUGGCCAAACAAUGAUAUUCUAGUGUUGGGUAACAUAUACAAACCUCGGAAGGAAAGGUGGCUCAUACACGAUGACACAUCAGGUACUGUUGCAACCUAUGAAACAAUCCAUCAGGAUAUAUACAAUGUGACAGAAGAGAAACGUGCAAGCCUAAUUCUCCUUCCAUUCCACAAAGAACUAAACUCAGAAGGUGUGUUGGAAACAGCCAACAAUGCAUUCGGUGACAUAAACAAGAAUGUGUUGCAGGAACCACCUUGUUCUGUGGGGAUCCUUGUGAACCGUGGAUUCAGGCCAUUGUCUAAAACAACCAUGAACAUCAUUAUGGUUUUCAUCAGAGGGCCUGAUGAUCGCAAAGCCUUGUCAAUUGCAUGGAGAAUUGAUAGAAUCACUGUCAAAAAAGGGGUUUGCCGGUCACGAAAAUCCUGGUCAAAUGGAAACAUUUGUUGCCUGAAGAUGCCACUUGGGAAUUUUUUUAUGAUUUUAAACAAUGCUAUCCCUCGUUCAAACCUUGAGGACAAGGAGCUAUUAUUCUCAUCUGGUCAGGAUUGCGAGGGGCAGUUGCCUUGGCACUUUCAUUAUCAGUUAAGGCAUCGUUCAAGUGGCAAAUCAAUUGAAUUGACUCCAGAGACAGGAACACUGAUAGGUGAGUGA